AUGUCGUUCACCAUCCCUCGCCCCUCCUCAUCCUCUUCAUCCCUUCCCAAGCUGCGUACGCUUGUGCAGAGGCGAUGCAAACAUACCCACUCUACUCCACAAUCGUUAUGGCUUUCUCGAACUCACCUGAAUCCGGCUCCGUCGGUACCACCACCAAUGGUCCCCACAUACCCUAUGCGAGUUAUCCUUUCAGACGGCUCAACAUUCACAGCAUAUACCACCGCACCCACGCCUUCAACUAAAAAGCUUACUCGUGACGUCCUGAACAAUCCUCUGUGGUCGCCAGCGAGUGAAAGAAGGGGACUGGGAGAAGGAGAAGAAGGGAGAGUUGGAAGAUUCAGAAAGAGAUUCGAAGGUAUCGCAAUGGAAGAUGAACAAGCAAGUGAAGGAAAUAAACCAGAAGCAGCAUUCGCAGCUGGAGAUCUUGAUUGGAUGUCAGAAGGUGGUGUCGAGGAGAAGAUCAGCGAGAAGCAAAGAAAUCCUGUGAAAGCAGCGAAAGGAAAGGGAAAGAAGAAGUAG